AUGCCGAAGAACUUCAUCUACCUCGGUGUUGAAUUUUUAGUAGCGAAAGUAUACGUUAACUCGUGCAUCGCACUCCUGAACGCACAAUACUACACACAAUCCAACGCAGACAAUCUUGUUCUCUUGAAUUCUGCACCACAAGGCGAGAACUUCCCCACACCCCGGAAGAAUGCAUUUAAACAUGCCGGCGAUGAAGUGGCGUAUCCUGCUCAAUCUGCUAAGUGGUUGAGGAAGGUAACGAUAGAGAUGGAUUCUUUCUCGUCAGUGUGA